GUCGAAUUCUCUCAGGAGGAGUGGGGAUGCCUGAACCACAGUCAGUGGGAACUGUACAGAGAUGUGAUGUUAGAGACCUACGGACACCUCGUCUUCUUGGGUCUUGUUGUGUCAAAGCCAGACCUCGUCAUCUUCUUGGAACAAAAGAGGGUGCUGUGGGAUGUGAAGAGAAAGGAGACAGUAGCCUCAUACCCAGCUGUAUUUCCAAAUGAAACUGACAGCCUCCUUUCAGAGACGUUUAUAGGAACUUCUAUCCAAAGAGUGUCAGUGGAUGGAUAUAAAGCAUCACAGAAUUCAUCCUGGAGCAACUCUUCCAAAUUUGAAGAAUAUGAGAAAAGUUUUGUGGACUGUUCACCCCUUGCUUCACAUUGGAAACUUGAUACUGGAGAAUAACCACUGAAUAUGACAGCAUGUGGCAAGACUUCUAAGAACUGCUACACUCUGACUCCUGAUCAGAGAAGGAAUAUUAGGGGAGACGUUGCAAAUAUACAGAAUUUGGAGAGCAUGUUAAUUAGAGCCGAAGCUUCAUUCUACAUCACAGAAUUCAUCCUGGAGUAAAAACGGAAAAUAUAAAGAAUGUAGUUAAAUCUGUAUGACUGCUCAACCAUAGCAGGAUCGCAGACGUUAUCCUGAGGAGAAACAUUACAAAGUAAAGAAUGUGUCCCACCUAUAGCUGGAACUCACAACUUGCUCAAUUCCACAGCUAUCUUAGAGCAUAGAGAGAGAGAAAGAGAAGAGAGAAUUGCAGCGCUUACAAGUGGUGUUUGAUCCUUCAUCAAUACUUGAAAAAACACAUGAGAUUUAUAUCCUACAUCAUGACAUCAUGAAUGACGCAUGGCUUUCAUAUCCAAUGUACACCCGACAGUGCAUGAAAGAAGGUAACUUUGAAGACAUAGUUAGAAAAAUAUAAUUGCACAUCAAAUGUCAAUAAAUAUCACCGAAUUCACAUUG